UCAAAGCUUCUGGGUUCACAGGUUGGCUUCCCCCAAGCUGCAGAAAGAAUACAACUAAUUCAUCAACUACGGCAGGAGUUCUUGCUUCUUGGGCAGGGAAUCCAUCUGUUUCAGUGACAUACAGAUACAAGGUGCCAGUUUGCUGGAACAUGGCUGUGCGUUUGUUUGAGGCACGACAUCAUGCAGUUUCCUAUCAGAAAUACAGAUUCUCUCCCUCUGAAAAUCUCCAAAGUGUCAUCUUCUCCUACUUGGAAGAAAAGACAUGUCUGUUCUCUCCUCAGAAAGUACACCCCGUUCGGCUGGCAGUGGAUGUCGGCUGUGGGUCGGGACAAAGCACUUGCAUACUUGCAGCUCAUUUUGAGAAGGUGGUUGGAACAGACAUCAGUGAAGCUCAAAUCGAGGCAGCCAAACAAGCUCCCUCCUUCCCAAAUGUUUCUUACCAUGUGUGCCCUGCAGAGGAACUGCCAUUUGAGGAUGGUUCUGUGGACUUCAUUACUGCUUUUACAGCUGCCCACUGGUUUGAUAUGCCGAGGUUCAUGAAAGAAGUGGAUCGAGUUCUCAAGCCACAUGGCUGUGUGGCCCUUAGCACGUACACUACAGACUUCAGUAUGCACUAUAAAGACUGCUCGGAAAGGCUUACAGAAAUCUUCACUGAGAGCCAGGACCUGCUUCUUCAAUAUGCAGAUGAAAAAGUAAAACUUGUCAUUGCAGAGUAUAAAGAGGUGUUUGAGUCUGUGCCUUUUCAGGACAAGAGGAGAGUUACCCAGAUCUUAGACAAAAUUCCCAUGUGUGUUGCGGGAGUGAUUGGGUUCUUCCAGUCCCUCUCCAUGUAUCAAGCCUUUCUGAGGAGCGACCCUGAAGCAGCAAAAUCCCUCCUCCAAAAAACUGAACAAAGGUUCCUGGACACCAUGGGAGUUUGCUCUAAUGAAACCCAGGUAGAGAUCAGGAUAAGGAGUGUUUGUGUUCUAGGCUACAAGGGGCAAAGAAUGGAAAAUCCAGCAAUGACCCUAUAGCCAGAAGAAAAAUCCCGAUUUUGGUAUCUACUUAUAACCAGAUCGAUAAAGACAAGGUAACACACCAUGGAAGGGAUCAUUUGAACUACUCAUACACAUUGCUGGGUUCCAGGUUAAUCGUAUCGGCUCCAGAGAGAGACCUCGGCAUCAGUGGAGAGGAGUAAACAAAAUAUUAAGAUGCAUGAGGAGUGGGGUUGAAAGUAAUACAGCCUCCCUAGGAACUCUGUGCUCAGUCCUGGGCAUUCUGCUUCAGAAAGGAGAUCGCAGACAAAAGUGUUCAAAAAUGGGUGAUGAAAUUAUUAAACGUCUGCAGAAACUUUGAAGAAAGAGAUCUGAUACUGGCCACUACUGGAAACAGGCUACUAGAAAGGAUGGACCACUGAUCUGAUGUGCUGUAGUAUUUUUUGGCUUCCCAUGGUGAGGCAAUGUCUCAGCUUCUCACGUACCACUCUCAUAAAUCUGUCCAUUUAAAAAAAUAUAUAUGUAGUCCCAAUGGAUGAUAAUUAUACAGGGGGUCAGCACAAAGCCUAUGAAAUGCUUAAUCCCUAUUUUGUUCUGGCUCUUUGCAUGAGGUGACUUUCCCGUACUGAAAACAGGAUAAUGGACACAUUCUCUUUUAGGAUCUUCUCUGAGCUGUUCCUCAGUUUAGCAUUUCAGAACUGCUGUUAUUUUAUAGUAUGCAGAAGGAACGGGGGAGGGAUGGUUACAUACACCAAAACCAUUUCUUUGGACAUUAAAGAACACUUCACAGCAUAAACACUGUGAGGAAAUGGCAAUGCAGCAGUCUCUAAAGUGCAAUAAACUUUACAGCUACAACACAUUUACAAGUCUGAUAAAUUUGAGUCUUUUUCCUGGACCUGGAUGUGUUGCUGUGACCCUGCUGGUAUGUCACUGCCCAGGAUGGUUUUGGAAUCUAUGCAGUGGCACCCUUUCUCCAGCCCACCUGUCCAGUGACCUCCCCCUCUGAGGCUGGCACUUGAUGCAGGGUUUAGAGAGCAUGGCCCAUUUAAAAUGUUGCCCGAGGCAGAGGACGUGCUGAUUGUUCCAGGAAGAGGAAGUGCUGGUUGUUCCAGGGGUGUGGAGAGAGGGAGAGUAACAGGGAGUGUGUGCCUGGAGCUCCAAACAAGAGGGCUGUGAUGUUGUAUGAUUAAAGAUGACCAUUUAUAUCAUUGAUGUUGCAGUUGGAUAACAAUGGCAAUAUCAAAUCUUGCACAAAGUGUAUUAUGUAAGGUUUCCAUGGAAAAAUUACAAUCUAUUGAGUAUGAUUCUCCUGAUUAAAUCACUGUAUCUAAAGUUA